AUGAAGUCAAUUCUCUCUCUCGCUCUUCUUGUAGUCUCUGCUUUCGCCCAGAACGCUGCAAUCGGAUACCCUCCACAGGGUCUUUCAGUCUCUCCUGGAAGCAGUUUGACUGUCCAGGUAGAGAGGCCUAAUUCAUUGACGGGUUCUGAAGAAGUUGCUGUUGUUAUUGGCCUACAGUCAUGCCCAGGAACGCCGUGCAUUGACCCCGCUGCUUACAUGGGUCAGAUUUUGUACAACGGUCCCUUCAACCCACAGUAUCACGAGCCGUACAAUCCCCCUUAUCAAAACCUCACAGUUCAGAUUCCGAGUAGCAUUGCUAGCGGAACCGCUCUUCUUGGGGUCGCUCAUGUCACUCUUGUCGGGGCUGGGUUGUACCCUUGGCUGGAGACUUUGAAUCGUACCAUCACAAUUUCUUAG